GCCAUGUGCUCCGAAGAUCCUCCUAGGCAAUCGGAGGAGGAUCGGAGCAGGGGGAGAUAUGGCGGGGCGGGACUUGGGCUGAAAAGCCGUGGGAGCCGCCCAUUUCUCGGUCGCGACGUCCUCUUGGGGAGUUUGUGCUGGGCUUCGGCUGCUGUUUUGCUGAGGGCGGAAGACGAUGGCGUUUGCCCGAGGCAACCCCCUGGCUCUUGGAGUCCUUUGCUCGCUGCCGUUGUUGCUGCUGCUGCUGCCAGCCGGUUUCUGUGAAAACUGUACAGCAUACAAAGAUUCUGAUGGCCAUUUACAUUCAGAAAAAUUCUGCCUGGAGUUCUGCUGUGGAACGUGUAUGAGCCGAUAUUGUUGCUCAAACUUGCUUCAAAAAUUAGAUGAAGAUGAUCAAGUUAUGUGUAAUGAGAUGUCAGAAAGCAUGUUGGAAGCGCCUGUGAUGGGAGAAGCAAUGAAGUUCAAAUCAGAUUUUGAUGAUUUUCGUGAAGCUUCAGAGAGAAGCUUUGGGACUUUUGUAGCAGUUGGAGUCACACUCUUUGUGCUGUUUGUUGUGACCGUCAUCCUCUGUUUCACCUGCUCCUGUUGCUGCUUGUAUAAAGCAUGCCGAGGGACACCAAGGCCUGUUGUAACAACCACUACAGCCACUACUGUGGUGCAAGUGCCAUAUCCGCAGCAGCCUGGGAUAGCACCAGGCUACCCUGGAGGUUACCAUGCAGGAUAUAGUCCUGUGCCAGUGCAGCCACAGCCUGGAAUGCCAGCAGCACCCUACCCAACACAGUAUCCUCCACCUUACCCUAUGCAGCCUGCAGGACCACCAGCCUACCACGAAACAAUGGCAGGUGCUGGAGCUUCCCAUCCAACAGUUCAGCCACCCUAUAACCCAGCAUAUAUGGACCCUCCAAAGCCUUCUUAUUAAAUGGACCACCUGCUGUGUGUCUGCACAGAUUGCUUCAAACUGAAUCCGUCCUAAGGCACGCUAUCUUAAAAUACUGUUCUGUUACAAGGGGAGGGGGCAAUCACCAAGACAUGGUAGUCUUUAAACAAUGCCUUACCACAAAAGGGAAAAAUAUAUCCUUCACUUGGAUUUACUUUCCUACACCUCAUACAAAUAAAACAGAUAUUUGGAGUUAGAAAGAGAUGAAAGCAAGAACAAUUCCAAAUGGAAAUAACAGAUAAAUAUCCUGCAAUCCUUUGAGGUUUAGUCAAAGGAAAUGUUCAUGAUAAGAUGAGUAGCACUCAUAAUUCUGCUUGUCAGAGAAAAUGAGAGGUAUGCCUCUGCAAAAUCUGUUUAAAGUCUAUUGUGGGGUAUGUAGGUUGGUUGGUUUGUUUUGGACUGCUGUCAUAAAGUGACUUCAAAUGGAAAUAUUGUUUGGUAGAAUGUAGCUUUUAGCAAGGAAUAGUGCAACGUUGAUGUGUAAUUUUUCUGUAUUUUUGUCCUAUGUGCAGCUUUUUAUGUGGUUGUUCACUUCACUGUAAACUUUUCUGAAUUUUAAUGUCAGCCAUGUGACUUUUCUUUUCUUUUCUUGGUGCUUCACUUUAAAAGCAUUUCCGUUUUUAUCCUUGCAAUAUUUUUUUUCUUUCUGCUAUAAGUAUACCAAAAGUAAAAUGUCUCAGCUUGAAUGACACUGAAUAAGAACUCUUAAAUGAAAACAUUGUUUAGGGUUUUGUUAUUUCAGGGUAUAUGUAUGUUGUACACAAAAGAAUAUUUCCAGCCAUUAUAGAAGAAUCCGUUUUUUCAUCUGAAAAUUAAUUCCUCAGUUUUCUUAAUCUUGCCUGUUAGUUUGGAUUCUGAAGCCAGUAACUUUGAAAAAUAAGAAUAUAUAUCUUGUAUUAUUGGAACAUAAAAGCUACUUUGCACAUGCUUUGUGUUCUAUAACAUGUAUGCUAAAAGAGAUGCUUCAGAUGGAAGAUAUCCUUCAAAUUAAAUGUUAUAGUCCUGAGAAGAACAAAUCUGAGAACUAAUAUGUUUUAAGCACUAAAAUCUGUGUUUUGCCCAACAGUGUACCUGCAUACUUGUGCUGAUAGCUUUAGCUGACUAAUGUCAAACUUGGCUGGAUAAAAAAAAAGAAAAUGGCAACAUAGAAUCAGGGACUUGCUGACAGUAUGCAUAAGAUGAAAAGCCAUUUCUUGUUUACUUGUUAAAUGUUGAGACCAAAUUAUGUAGUAAAUUACUGAAAGUAUAUCAGAGAAGUUAUGGUUUUUAAAGUUAAAUGGGGACUUUGAAAGCGACCUAAAAUUGGGAAAUGGCCAUGUAUAUUAUUUUUAAAAACCAGUGAAAUUUUAACAGGUAGUUUUCUAGCUUUUGAUGGUUGAUGAAGUAUCCAAAUUGUUUUAAACCUUGUGCUUGUAUGGUUGGCUAACAUUUUCAUUAUUCUAAAAGCUUUUUAAAAACUGAGAUAGAAGGUUGUUUUCUGCUCUUGACACUCUAAAGAAGUAUAGUUAUGUUCUUAUCUUUUUUUAUUUGUCAUUCUCACAAAAAAUGCAGUUGUCAUUUUUUAUCUUCAAGAUACAAUUUAAGGCAUGAAGCAACAGUCUUAUCUUCCCCCUUAUCUUUCAUUUGUUGUUCUGAUAUAUACAGUCUCAUAAAAUUUAGGGUGCAUAAACUAAGAAAGAGUGUUAUCCUUUUUAAGCAUUUUUGUAAAGCAUUUCUGAAAUCAGUGGGAAUUAAAGGAACAUUGAUAUAAUUCUCCUGCAUAAUUUACGGCACAUGUAGUUCUCAUUCCUGUAUUGUUCAUUGGGAAGGUAUCCAAGUACAGAACUCUGUCAGGUACCAAGACACCAAAAACUGCUAAUGUACUUGUUUGGGGGGGGGGGGGGCGCAAUGAAAAGAAAGAAACAAGUAUUGAUACAUUCCUAUUUUAGGAUCUCUUUAUUACAGAUUGCUUCUAAAGUUACAAAGUUGUAAUGCCUGUGUUUCUCAGUCUGUGUAGAAAACUAUUUGAGGAGAGUUACUGUAACCUUUGUACCCCUUUGUUGGUCAUUGUUCUUCCUGUUGUUUUGUUGUGACUGUUAUUGAUGUAAGCAUAGCCCUGUGUGUUCAUAAAACGCACCCCUUUGCCUUGUGCAUAUUUUGUCCACAUAAUAGUAAUGUAGAGUAAGAAAGAUUUCUGAUUACAAAUAAUGUAAGAUACAUUUCUAUCCCAGUGAGUUUAGUGUGAAAUGAAAAAGGAUGGGGAGGGGAGACUUGAAACAGGUAAUACUUACUAGAAACAGAGAGAUGUUUAUAGAUUUCCAUGUGUUAUAAUCUUUUUAAUUUUUUUAAGCUUUAUUUUUCUUUCUUAAUGUAUAAGUAACAGCUUACACAUUACUGCUGGAAAAGUGUUCUUCAGUCCUCUUGAAGGCAUCAAAGUGAUGGGAGCUAGUACAAUGCAGCUGUCUGGUUGUACAUAUCCUACAUUACAUCACAAACAAGAACUCCUCUUGCUAUGAGGCAUAUCAGUGAUAUCUCUGUGCUUGGUGGAUUCUUUUUUAUAUUGUGGCAUUAUUUAGCCAUCAUUGUGAGCCCUGCAAUCCAGUUGAUAGUCAAAUGUUAUGAAUGUAUAACUAAAAACAGAAUUUGUCCAUGACAGUAUUUGCUUGUAUUUCUCUAGGUAAUUCUACAGCGGAUCACCAGUCCUAUUGAAAUCAGUUGCAAUUACAUGUAAUUAUGAAGAGAGUCUCUUAAUUCAGUGCAGUAAAUGUGUCAAUUUAAUUAUUACUUUUUUAUACAAACUAAAGCAGAAAGGAAAUGGAACUUGAACUUUGAAUCGUACAUAUUCAGUUUUUACUCCUGUUGUUUGAAAGUGCCUUUUCAGAAUGUUCUAGCAAGUUAAAUCAAUGUACUAUAUCAAUGAAUCUUACAAAUCUUGUAUACAUUCUUGGUUUUUAUAAUUCUGCUUUGUACUUAGUUUGUUUCCCAUAGUGAAGAAGACCUAUUCAGAGGAUUGGCAUGAUGUUCACAGUUCUUUGUAAUAAAUGUAGAUUAUUAAAAUAGACUUGUUUUAAAAUCAUGUUAUUACACAAUUUAGCAUAAAUAUGGUAUCCAGUCUUUUCCAUGUAAAAGACAGUCAUCAAUACAAAUAAAUUUGAUUGCAAUCAAAA